CGCCCCAGCAGUGUGCCAGUGGUUCCUAAGCAGCGGAAUAGCGCAGCGUCGUACGUCAAUAGCGCAGCGCCUCUUACGGCAAGCCAACGGAUGACGUGAGCUACGCCAGGAGCGCACGCGGGAAACGGGAUGCGGGUUCAGGAUGCGCAACUGGAAUGGAGAAUCGCAACGACGUUGCUUCAAAUGAAAAAAGAUCGGUAGCGAAGAUAUACAGCAAUCAAUCUGACCGGGACCUGCUGCGGAGGACAGUGCGGGAUCUGGAUUUAGCGCACGAUUUUAAUUCAUGGAGAAGGACUGUCAAGGAAUUAAUGAUUAAUCCAUGCGUGCGUGAAUAUUUCUGCGGUUUGAGGGGAAUACGGAGCGGCUUCUGACGCGACGCGCGUUUGGAAAGGCGUGAAAAUAUCGGUGACGUUACGGAGGGAUGUCAGUGAAACUGAAGCGAGCGAUAUGAAAUGAAUAAAAAAGCCGUUUCUGGACAGCCGCAAUUGCACACAUCCUCACUCCUUCCUGUGUUUGUGUGAAUGCAAACGGGACGCGGCAUUGACGGGACUGUUGCUGUUCUGAGACCUGUGGCUGACUCGGAACCGUGAUCUGGGUCGGUUCUGCGGUUCGGUGUGUGUGUGUUUGCGGAGGAUGGGAUAUUUAAGCGAGUCCAUGCAGAAGAAGGUCUCGGGAAGACGCGCUCAUACUACAGGGCAGUGAUGCCGGGCAUGGUACUGUUUCGGCGACGCUGGUCAGUCGGCAGUGAUGACCUGGUGUUACCGGCUUUCUUCCUGUUCCUACUACACUGCAUAUGGCUCGUGGUUCUGUCCGUGGUUCUCUUUGGAUUGCCAUACAGUUUAGAGCAAUCCUGCUCAGUAACGCUGGUGGAUCAUGGUCGCGGUUACCUUGGCAUCCUGGUCAGCUGUCUGAUCUGUGAGAGCGCCAUCAUGUGGCUGAGCAUGAGGGGCAGCAUCCUGUAUACACAACCCAGAGAGGCAGUGCAGUACGUGCUCUAUAUACGGCUGGCCAUCCUGCUAGUGGAGCUGGUGUACGCUGUGGUGGGCAUCGUCUGGUUAGUGCAGUACUACCAGCCCUGCCCGGACAUCACUGCCAAGAACCUCACCCUGGGAAUCGUGGCGUGUAAUUGGUUGGUCAUCUUCAGUGUGUGUUUCACCAUGAUGUGUACCUUUGACCCCACUGGACGGACCUUUGUGAAGCUGAAAGCAACUCGCCGCCGUCAGCGUAACCUCACAACAUACACCCUCAGACACAGGCUAGAAGAAGGUCAAGCCAGCAGCUGGAGCAGGAGACUCAAGUUCUUCAUGUGCUGCACUCGAGCAAAAGAUACACAAUCAGAUGCUUACUCUGAGGUGGCCAGCUUGUUUGCUGAGUUUUUCCGGGAUCUGGAUAUCGUGCCAAGUGACAUCAUUGCUGGGUUAGUGCUCCUCCGACAGAGACAAAGGGCAAAGAGAGCUGCCAUCUUGGAUCAGGCAAACAAUGAUGUUUUAGCCUUUCUGUCCGGGAUACCUGUAACUCGCAACACUAAAUACUUGGACCUCAAGAACUCGGCUGAGAUGGCCAUGUAUAAGGAGGUGUGUUACUACAUGCUGUUUGCCAUGGCGGCAUAUGGCUGGCCCGUAUAUCUUUUAAGACAACCAGCAUGUGGACUCUGCAGACUCGUCAGCACUUGCUCCUGUAACACUUCAGUUUCAAGUUCUCGUCUCUCUCAUUCCAUCACCGUUGAAGAGGACAACUGCUGUGGCUGUAACGUUCUUGCCAUCCGACGACAGUUUCUGGACCGAGACCUUAAAGAAGUCCAGAUUGUCUACACAUCCUUCCAUGACGCGGUUUAUGAGACGCCCUUCUUUGUAGCAGUGGAUCAUGCAAAGAAAAAAGUUGUGAUCAGCAUCCGAGGGACGUUGUCCCCUAAGGACGCUUUAACCGAUCUCACUGGGGAUUCUGAGCGUUUGCCUUUAGAGGAGCAGCAUGGCACAUGGCUUGGACACAAGGGAAUGGUUUAUUCAGCUGAAUACAUAAAGAAGAAACUAGAGCAAGAAAUGAUUCUCUCUCAAGCCUUCGGGAGAGAUUUGGGUAAAGGGACGAUGCACUAUGGGCUGGUGAUUGUGGGUCACUCUCUGGGUGCGGGCACAGCUGCCAUCCUGUCCUUCCUCCUCCGGCCGCAGUAUCCUUCACUGCACUGCUACUCCUACUCCCCUCCCGGCGGCCUGCUCAGUGAGGAUGCAAUGGAGUACUCCAAAGAGUUCGUCACCUCAGUCGUAUUGGGAAAAGAUCUGGUCCCCAGGAUUGGCCUCUCUCAGCUUGAGGGCUUCCGUCGCCACCUACUUGAAGUCCUACAGAAGAGUGAGAAAGCAAAGUGGCGGAUCAUUGCUGGGGGUACAAAGUGCAUCCCUAAAUCAGAGCUGCCUCUGGAUGACGAAGCUCCUGUAUCUCAGGGUGUGACCCCCUCGAACUCUCGCCUGUGGCUUCACCCCAGUGACCUGAGCAUCGCUCUGUCAGCCUCCACCCCGCUCUAUCCACCGGGACGGGUCAUUCAUGUGGUGCACAACCACCCGCCUGAGAUGUGCUGUGGUCAGGAAGAUCCCACUUACUCCGCUCUGUGGGGGGAUAACAAGGCCUUUGAUGAGGUCAUCAUUUCUCCAGCCAUGCUGAAUGAACACAUGCCCCAUGUGGUGAUGGACGGCCUCAACAAGGUGUUGGAAAACUAUAAUAAAGGGAAGACCGCUUUACUGUCAGCUGCUAAGAUAAUGGUUAGUCCCACAGAAGUGGACCUGAAUCCAGAAACGGUUUUCCUUGAUGCGUCUAAUUCACUGCAGCCCACGCCUGCCACACAUCACCGCAGAAACAGUAGUGUCCGUUCCUGUGCCCGUUCUGAGAUCUCGCUGGACGGUUUCUCGGAGUGUCCACCGCCUCCUGUGCCCGUGGUGCUCACCGGAGCCCGUGAGCGAUUGGCCGUGGAGCUGCGGGAACGAAAAGCCCCCUUGGCCAUCAUGGAAAGUCUAUCUGACGCUGAAUCCGUUUACAGCUUGGACUCCCGACGAUCAUCUGCCGCCUUGAGAGGCUCGCCCUGUUUUGGGAGUCUACCUUUCCCUUUGAACGCCACCAUCCCAGAAGAGAAUCCUUCGCUGAGUUCCCGUACGGAGUUGCUGGCGGCAGACGGCUUGGACCGGGAACUGGGCGAGGCUGGCCCAUACUGCCCUACUCCUCCAGAACUGGAAGUACCUUCCAAUGUCACCCAUCAUGUCAACUUCUCUCCGCUCUCGCUCGGACAAACUAUCGUAGAUCAGCCGGACAGCCCGGACAAGAACUCCCAGCGGUCUUCAGGAACGCCUGUGGCUUGCCAGCCAUCAGCUGUUCCUAACAGUGAAGAAUCCUGCCCAGUAGCAUCCCGGACUGGUUCUAUGCCAGAAACGCCCAAGGAUAGAGAGUAUGAAGAGGGAGAAGUUGAGAGUGUCCGGUCUCAGACUCUUCCACCAGUUCCUCCGCUGCCUAACGGCACUCCCAGUCAGGCGGUCCUAGAGUUUGCCCAGUACCUGGACUCUCUAUUUAGGCUGGAUGGCAGCAGCUCUCCACCUCUUGAGCUCUCCGAUGCAGAAUCCGAAUCUGGACGGGGAUCGUAUAGCCAAGCUGAGGGACACCAUGGGGAAAACGCAGACAAGGACAGGCAGCUACUGGCUAGAGCCACUCUAGAGCCCAACUUGGUUCCCAAGCCCCCUCGCACGUUUGCCGGCUCGGCUGACCCUUCCUCCGGCAUCUCGCUUUCUCCAUCCUUCCCGCUCUCAUCUUCUGGAGAACUCAACGAUUUCUCUCCUCCUGACGGAGUGCUACCCACCAACCAUACGUCUGCACUACGAACUUCCGCUGUUAGUCCCAACCCUAAAGAAACUGUGUUGUCCUCUAUGGUGUAGUGGCCCAUUUUCAUCUAUUUAUUUAAGCCUACGGUUUCCUUUUUCCUUCUGAACCCAUCGUAGAAACAUGCAUGCGUAGCACUGCGGCCAGUCCUUCCAGACUUCUGGACAGUUACGGAUUCAUCAAGAACAGAAGACCUCAUUUUUUUGACUGUUGUAAGACGUGUCUGAAUGCAUUGCGUCUUGUGCAUCACUAUUAUGAAGGAGGACCAUUACACAAGGUGCUGGGGGGCUCCUUCAAACACUAAAGAUGUUGCUAGCAUAUCAAGAAGCUUGCACAAAUGACCCUACAUUCACACUGAAUCUAAUGUUACGCUUAUGUUUACAUUGACACAGAACACCGAGCUUUCACAAAUGUUGGCAGUUCCAUGUAAGGUAAAGGUUGGGAUAGGAAAAAGGGAAGACUAACUAACAUAAUUGAGUUAUGGGGAGGGGGCACACAACAAGCAGUGGGGUACAUUUCCUCAGGACCUUGGAGAAUGAAGAAUCGGACAAAGACGUCUCAGACGAAAGAUAGUAAAUUGUUCAUUUUUGGGGGAUUGUGUUUUUUUUUUUUUUUUUUAUUGAAGAUUGUGUGGAAUGUCCUGCUGAGUACUUAGUGGCACUGACGGUUUGUUGGACAUCUAUGAGUUCUCGUUGUGCAUGAGAAAAUACUGUAUGCUCGUGUUAAAAGUUUCAUUUUGCUAACUUUUGUCAUUUCGUAUUUACAUAAACCCACUUGAAUUUACGCAUGCAAGUUUUCUAUCAUUUCUUUUUCCACCGAUUGCCAAAAAGGUCAACUUCAUACAAGUCAAAUGUUUGAACUCUGUGAAAUUAAUGUACAAUGAUAAUUAAUGUCAUUAUUAUUUAUUUUUAAAAACCACUGCCCAUAAAUGCAAACGGCAUCAGGAAGAGUCGUUGAGUGGUAAGAUGUGCACCAGUCACAAAAUGCGCCCUUUAAAUGGCUCGCUUGAAUCUGCGAUGUCUUUUACGAAGCACGAGAUGCGUGCUUCGCGAAAAAUCUCUUUCGGUAUGAGUAUGGCGUGCAAUCAGUAGCAAAAUAAGCAUAGAGAGAUUUCUUCUCAUCUGCUUUUUUUAAAAACCAUUUCUACUGUUGUUGCUAGAAUACAAUAAAUAGUGGUUUAUCUCAAUGGCGAAAUAUUUUAAUAACUUAGACUUGCUUUUUAUAUAUCGUUUCAGGAUGAAGUGUUUGAGUUUUUGGGUGGUUGUGUGAAAAAGUACAGCAGUUUGUCACCAUAAGAGCUUUGCGGUUCUCAAGUAUUUAUUAUUAUUAUUAUUUUUUAUGUCAAUUGUUUUAUAGCACAAUUCCCAUGCUUUGGUUGCAUGUGAUAAUUGUUAAUAAAUGGUUAUGGAUUCUGCAUGUGACAAAACCAAACUUUUUUUCAAAUAUUUUUUUCUGAUGUAAAUGUAAUAUAAAUGAUCAAAGGUUUGCAAAAAAACCCAACUUAUUUUCCUGUUCUUUUAUUGUUGCUUUAUUAAAUUACUCUUUUUAAGUUGUGACUAAACAUCUUAAUAAGCUGUGACAGCUGUACUUUUUCACAAAAAGUUGUGUAUAGCAUUGCCUUUUCACGUGAGUGUAAAUACUGUCUUGUUUUUAGUUGUUGUGUUCAAAAUAAAUAUAAAAUCAUUGGGACUUAUCAAUAAAAAGCUCUAUCAUGUACCAUAGUGAUGAAUUUAUCUCAAAUGUAUAGCUAUAUUGAUAUAUCUACAGUAUUAAUUAUAAACAGAGAAUAAUUAUGACUAUUCAGGAAUGAAAAUCUGAUAUGCUGACUUCAGAAAAAUACAUAAUGGUUGAACAUUCAUUCUUAAAAAAAUAAAAAUACCCUGCCAGUCUUUCAACUUUCAAGAAUGAGAAUGUAUUUAAAUGCACACACUUACACUGCCCUGCCUGUAAUAGAAUAAAUCAUAUGAAUCUCUGA